GAACGUCGUCGCGGGUGUAGACGCAACGAGUCUGUCAGUCGCUAUCGUGACAGUAGGUCGAGCGUGUGUUGCGCGUCUCGUGCCGUGAAUCGUGUUCUCGUGAUGUCCAGGUGGUGGAUGGUGGUGCUCCUGGCGGCGGGGGCGGCGGCGGCCGGCGGGCGGCUGCCGCGCACCUCGCUGCCCGCGUCGACUGCCGCGCCCGGCACCUCAGCCGCGCCGAAGUUGCCCUCCAGAAACAUUACACUCUCUUCCCGGAAUUCUGUCCGAAAUAGGGAGCAGUAUAUUUUCAAUGUAUUUGAAGUCAUUGUUAGCACACUGGAAACAAAAUUACAGAGAAUUGAAAACUUAGACAAGGCUGUAGAGCAUCUUAUGAGAAGAGUUGAAGCUCUCGAUUCGAGGGUAAAUGACAACAUUCAUAAAACGGACGCUAUCAUUUCGAAACUUGGUAAUCUCGACCUAAAACUGUUUAGACAUGUUCCUGAAGGUGACGAAACGAGCUUCGCUGAAACUAGCACUAAAAGACAGGUAGUCAAUAGAAUUAGUGAUGCUCAACUGCUAGACCGGAAACUCGAAUCACUGGAUCAAAAAGUUUCUGACAUUGAUUCAAAAUUGGUUGGCCUUAAGAACCAGAUAGAUAACAAUUUCCUGCCCGUGGACGAUAUCAAUGCAGAAGCGAGUGAAAAAAAGCCCAUAAGCCUCAAUGUUAUUGAAAUUGCUAAAGGACUCAAUACCGAGGUUAUUAAUGAAAUCACAAAAGAAGUAGACCAGCUUAGAACAUCAAUGUCGACUGUCGAUCGUAAAUUACAAUUUCAUAUUAACCUCGUAUCUGAAAAUUUAGGUAAGGUCUUGUACAUGAUGGCCGACGUGCAUGCCGCCAUAGUGGAACCCGAAACUGCUUCUAUCAACGUUAACAGUCUGUUUAAAAACCGGACAACUACCAGCACGCCAGCUCCGGCACUAAAAGGCAGUAAAAUCGAUACCCUCGUUAAUAAAAUUAUUCCCAUGAUGAGUGUAUCGGAAAAAAUGGACGAAGUAUGGGAUGUAGUCGUUGGAACCAAAAGCUCAGUCGAUGAUUUGGUUCCUAAGUCGGAUGAACUUCUGACACAAACUCAACGGCAAGAACGGGCUAUCGGUCAAAUUCACAACGAUUUACGAGUAAAAACCAAUCUUAUAAUAGAAAACUUGGACAUGGUUGAGAAAAGGUUAAAAAAGCAAGAAGAUGAUGUAGCAACGUUGGCUCAGAGGCCGGUGCCCGCAGAACUGCUGCUGGACCCGACCAUCGACCGACUUGUGGAGUACGCGCCCAACAGGUUCCGCGCCGACGACCCCGCCACCGAGCCCAGCACCAGCACCGUCGCCGCCACCACUAUGCCCGCCUCUACUGUUGUCAACAGCCCGAGCACUCCAAGCAGCUCGAGCACCGCGCCGGGGCCGGCGGGCGCGGGCGUGGCCGCGGCCGCUAUCGCAGGCGCGGCGGCCGGCGCGCGCCCCGCCAGCCGCAAGGGUGGCAUUAUCUUCCCGAGUGUCAAGAACAAGCCCAUCAUCGGCAAUAACACCUUCGCUUCGGAGAUCGUCGCCAACUAUAAAGACGUGAAAGGCUAUUCUUGUGUGGACCUCUUGAAUGCAGGUAUGCGGGAGUCGGGAGUCUACUACUUACAAAUCAGGGGCACAACUUACUGGUUCCUCAAAGUAUACUGUGAACAGAACGUCGCUGAUGGUGGCUGGACUGUUAUCCAUCGGCGUGACGACUACGGAGCACUGGCCGAGAACUUCAACAGGGACUGGAGCGACUACAAGAACGGGUUCGGCGAGCCGAACAAGGAGUUCUGGCUCGGCAACGAGAACAUCUACAUGCUCACCAACAACGACGACUACAUGCUCCGCGUCGAGCUCGAGGACUUCGAUGGAAACAAAAGAUAUGCUCAAUACUCGCACUUCAAGAUAUAUUCCGAAGCUGAGUACUACAAACUUGAAAUCGAUGGUUACGAAGGGAAUGCCGGAGAUUCUCUGAACGACCCUUGGUACGGAUCCAACAACAGUCCCUUCUCGACAUACAACAGAGACAACGACAGGUCGUCGUUGAACUGCGCGUCGAUGCUGAAGGGUGGGUGGUGGUGGAAGUCCUGCGGCCGGGGCCUCAACGGGCUCUACCUGCACGACCCGCAGGACCUCACCGCCCGACAAGGGAUCGUGUGGUUCCGCUGGCGAGGCUGGGACUACACGCUGAAGCGCGCGUCCAUGAUGAUCAAGCCGCGGCCGCUGCAGCCCAACACAUGAAGCUACUCCACGCCCUUUGUUUAACACUUCCUUUCAAUCGCCACCUUUAUUCAUCGUAACAGUUUCGGCAACUGAAACUGAAUCGUAAUAUUUAGUUGACGAUUGAAUAAAUUCAAACGAGUGUCUUAUGUUCGUGUUGCCUAUUAAUACUAAGAUUUAAACGAUACUAAAAUUGCCAAUUUGUUGGUGCUGUAGAUAUUAAGCUCUUGUACGGGCUUUGAGAUGUAAUUCGCAUUCGAUCACUCAAUACCGCCUUUGUAAAGCAAUCAUCAAAAUCAUUUGGAAUUUAUCAUUCAUUGUCAAUGGAUCAAGUAAUGUAUCGGUCUGUGAUAUAAAAUAAGAAUACAUUUUCCAACAAUAAUAAUUUACGGUCUCUUCGUUGUUUGUUCGGUCGGACCCCACCGACCUAUAUAAAUAUGUAUAGGUUUUAAUCAAACGUGCCUACGUUGUCAUCGAUGGCAUAGGACCUAGAGGCAACUCAUCGCUCAAAACUAUUUUUCCUGAUUUUCUGUACAUAAUUUCUUCUCUCUCAAUCAUCUAUCUAUUCAUCUCUUCAUCGCCAUUCAAUAAUGUAUAAGUCAUAAUUAUUACG